UCCACGAAUCCCAUGCCUCCCAGAACAGCCUUGAAACCGAAGACCUCGCUCGCUUCGCCGUCCAAGACCACAACAACAAGGAGCAUGCUCUGCUUGAGUUUGUGAGGGUGGUGAAGGCGAAGGAGCAAGUAGGUGCUGGAACUCUGCACCAUCUGACGAUCGAGGCCAUCGAUGCCGGAAAGAAGAAGCUUUUCGAAGCCAAAGUCUGGGUGAAGCCAUGGAUGGGCUUUAAGGAAGUGCAGGAAUUCAAGCACGCUGGUGAGUGCGAGAAAUUAAUUUGCUGAUAUUCUAAGCAAUAUGGGCAAUAUAUGGUCAGAAAAUAGUCUUGCCUUGAAUUAUAGUCUUUGU